AUGCAGCCAUCUUCAACCUCAUCAUUUCAAACAACACCUCUUUUGUCAUCAUCAACCUCAUCAACACCAAUGAUCAUUGGAAAUGUUGGAUCGCCAAGUAUCGGGAACAGUGGUAAAAUUUCAUCGAGCCUUCUCUCAUCAUCCAGUUUUGAGACGUCGUACGAUUUCAGCCAGAGCGUCGGAUUACAAAUUAAAAAUCUAGUACUUACUCUCGAUAAGAAUAAUUAUCGAGGAAAUGUAUCGGAAAUUGAAAAGAUCUUGAAACAAUACGGAUUUGAAGCAUACAGACAUUUUCUAACAACUCUUCUUUCCUCGAUCAAUUUUUAUAACAUUACACAAAAGGACAAAUCAAAACUUCAAUUAUUGAGCCAGGAAUUUGCCAAGUUGACCACUCAAACCAAUUUUACUUCCAUUAUUUUGAGAGCCUUCUCAGAAGGAGUGGAGAAUGGACUAAAAGUUGAAUUCAUUUCUCAAUUUUCUCGUACUCUCAAUUUACCAUUGUCGCAACAAGUAUUAUUAGGGAUUGCUUUGGCAGAGUCUCAUUCCCCUCUCAUUCAAAAAAGAAGGUUUCAUCUUUCUCAAAACCAAACUACAGGAAAUGCUCAACGAUGA